UGCGCAAUCCACCCUCCCAUCAGCCCCGGUAGACUGUAUCCCUUAUCGGCCGCCAGUCUCCAAGUCAGCCACACCCGCCCAACCAAUCCGCUUCGCGCGCGCACACACACUCUCCUCCCCCCCCCCUCUCUUCCCUCCCCUCUCCCCUCCUCCCCCUUUGCCCUUUUCAACCCCAGCAACAUGAGCACGGACACCAACAUCUGGCUUCUCAUCUCCGACGGCAUGACCGACGAGGCCCUGGCCAUGAUCGACAGUGGCGCGGUCUCCGUCGACGAGAAGGACGACUACGGUUACACUCCGCUCAUGGCCGCGGUCUCCUACAACAACAUCGCCCUUUGCCGGCGGCUGCUGGAACUCGGCGCCAAUUUGGAGGCGCGCGACCAGCGUGGUGCCACCCCCCUGCACUACGCCGAGUGCCUGGAGGCUUUCGAGUUCCUUAAGGCCGCUGGUGCCGACCUUACUGCCGUUGACUCGGCCGGCCAGUCGCCCAUCGAAUCGUACAUCUUCACCGAAGACCUGGACUUUGUGGCAGAUCUCCUGCUGGCUGGGCACUUCACCAAGGACCAGUUCACCCUGAGUCAGGAUGUGUAUGACGAGCUGGCCCGUCUGCUGCCCGAGGACAAGCUGGCCGACCUGCUGCCCGAGCCGCUGGACACCAUGAGCCCGGAGAUGACCGAGCUGCUGGAGCAGUUCCGCGCCAGCAUGCCCGAGGGUGCCGACAUGAACCAGGUCAUGGCGGCCCUGUCCCAGAUCCUGCAAAAUGCCACCAUCCUCGGGGAAGGCGAUGAGGAUGAGGAUGGCGAGACUGGCGAGACUGGCGAGUCCACUGCCGAAGAGGCUGAUGACAGUGGCGAUGUCUGAUGCCGGCGACCGGGCCACAUGCCCUUGUGCUUUUGUCGCCCCAGGCUCUCGGGAAAAGAAGAAAAUAUACUGUUUCAUGCCAAA